CUUCACCAUGGAAUAUGAAGUCAAGAAAGGGAAGAAGGGCUUUGUAUCCCCCAUCAGAAGGCUGGUGUUCCCCAAGGCCGGGCGCCGGGCAGCCUUUAGGAGCAGUGUGAGCCGCCGGCCCCUGCACUCGAUGCCCCUGUAUCCCCCUGACUACCUCAUCGACCCCCAGAUUCUGCUGUGUGACUAUCUGGAGAAGGAGGUCAAGUUCUUGGGCCACCUCACCUGGGUGACUUCCUCACUGAACCCCUCCAGUCGGGACGAGCUCCUGCAGCUGCUGGACACGGCCAGGCAGCUGAAGGAGCUGCCGCUGAAGACCACGGCGGAGCAGGACAGCAUCCUGAGCCUGUCUGCCCGCUGUCUGCUGCUCACCUGGCGGGACAACGAGGAGCUCAUCCUGCGUAUCCCCACUCACGAAAUCGCCGCGGCCUCCUACCUGCAGGACGACGCGCUGCACCUGCUAGUACUUAAGACCGGUCUGGGCGUGGACCCGGUGCCGGCUGGCGUGGACGCCAGCCCUGGGGGCGCGGGGCGAGACCCCGGCCCGCCAGGCGCGGCGCCCGAGAAGCGGCGGGUGGGCACCACGGAGCGGCGCCACACCAUCUGCAGCCUGGACUGGCGCAUGGCGUGGGGCGGGGGCGCCGAGGCCCGGGCAGCGGGCGGAGGCGGCGGCGGCGGCAGCCUGGAGCGCCAGCGCGCGGGGGCGCGGGCGUCGGGCAGCUGGGAGCGCCGGCAGACGUUCAGCGGCAGCUGGGAGCGGCGGCACGGCGGCGGCGGCGGCGGCGCGGGCAAGCCGGGCGGCAGCUGGGAGCGGAGGCAGGCGGGCGGCGGCGGCGGCGGCAGCUGGGAGCGGCGCCACCCGGGCCCCAACCCGCUCGACCCGCAGGACCCCAGCCCGGAUGCCUACUGCAACCUGGUCAUCCUGGCUGUGGCCAACAGGGAUGCUGCUGAGGAGUCCUGCGCACUGAUCUGCCAGGUCUUCCAGAUCAUCUAUGGGGACCAGAGCAUUGAGUGCGUAGAUCGGGCUGGCUACCACUACACGUCUACACCCGAACGGCCAUGGCUCUGCAGCCGCACAAUGGCUCCCAGGACACUUUUGAAGCAUGUUACAGCGGCACGUCCACGCCCUCUUUCCACGGCUCCCACUGCAGCGGCAGUGACCACAGUGGCCUGGGCCUCGAGCAGUUACAGGAUUACAUGGUCACGCUGCGGAGUAAGCUGGGGCCCCCCGAGAUCCAGCAGUUCGCGGUGCUGCUGCGAGAGUACCGGCUGGGGCUGCCCAUCCAGGACUACUGCGCGGGCCUGCUGAAGCUCUACGGGGACCGGCGCAAGUUCCUCCUCCUCGGGAUGCGGCCCUUCAUCCCGGACCAGGACAUCGGCUACUUCGAGGGCUUCCUGGAGGGCGUGGGCAUCCGCGAGGGAGGCAUCCUCACCGACAGCUUCGGCCGCAUCAAGCGCAGCAUGAGCUCCACGUCGGCGUCGGCCGUGCGCAGCUACGACGGCGCGGCGCAGCGGCCCGAGGCGCAGGCCUUCCACCGGCUGCUGGCAGACAUCACGCACGACAUAGAGGCGUUGGCCCCGGAUGACGACGAUGACGACAACGACAACGAGGGCGACGACGAUGACGAGUCCCAGGGCUCCCGGGGAGGGGGUGACGCUGCUGAAGACAACUACCUGUAGCCGCCGCCCGUGCGGAGGGCGUGGAAGGGGGUGGCCCCGUAGCCCGCCUCUGGCGCUCACUCACUCUCACCUGUGGGACCCUCAUCCACAGGCCUCCCGCCUUACACCCUGGCCAGGGUCUUCACUCCCGGGGUUGCUGUCCCUGCUUUCGGGCCCUGGUCCAUGCAGUACCAAGGACGUCCUGCAGGGGGUGGGCGAGGCCGGACCCUCGAGUCUGGGGCGGUCGCCCGGGGCUCAGCAGGGCCCUCUGCCAGCCCGGAGUUGGGCAGCAUCCGACUUUGUCCCACUAGCCCAGAGGGCUCGGCCCCAGGACCCACCCUCCUCCCCAAGGCUCCCUCCGCAGCUUUCCGGAAGGGAUGAAGGGUGGGCUCCACCUGCUGGCCGACUGAGAAAAGAAUUUCCAGAACCCAGAAGCUUCUGUUGGUCCUAUUUUACGGAGCGGGAAACUGAGGUUCAAAAAGAGGAGAAGGGACUUGAGGGGAUCUCCUGAUUCUCCUUAUAUUACCUCCAAUAGACCAUACUGAACAGUGUAGAAGGUCUUUUUAAGGCUCUAAUCGCAGCGUGUCCCCUCCCCUGAUAGCAGGAGUUGCCUCCUCAGUGCGGAGGAGAGGUUUUCGUCCCCUCAAGUUUGACUCAGGUGGAUGAUCUGGGUCUCACUUGGAGUCCUAAGACCCUGAACAACUUGCUUGUUCGGGUCUUGGAUCUGGAGCCCGAUUUGGAUUUGGGAUCUUCGAUUUGGAGCCAGACAGAGCGGGAGCUCUUACCUGGUUAGUGUCCUGGCCCCCCGUUUCCUCAUCCACCCAGGGGGGUGUCGUGGGGAGUAAUGAAAGCCAAGACCUUCGUUCAGGCUUUAGCACGUGAUAGGCGCUCAAUAAGUGACUUUCCUUGCCACAUCGAACACUUUCUGACUCGGUUUUCCUGUCUUGCCUGCGAUGGGAUGAGAACUGGGGGAGAGGGUGUUAAGAAGACCCUCAGGUAGCUCUGUUUGG